CACUGCUAUAUAGGUCAUGGAUUGGCAACGCAAACCCAACGGAGUUGGGGCUGGAGUGAAAAAAAAAAAAAACAAAACUAUUUUCCGGAGCCGGAAACCGGAGCGCUGAGCGGGGAAAAGCUUUGGAGUUCCGGCUCACGAAACCCGCGAGGUGCUGAGCGCGCUGCCCGCUGAGGCCCAACACACAGUCGGCCGAGGCCAGACGUGGUCUCCGGCACCACCACCUCUGGCUCGGUCCCCUCCGAGGACCUCGGUUGUGGAUCGCAGGGUCUGCUCUCAGGCCGAAAAACAACCUAGCAAAUCUGGACAGUGGGAAGUGGAGCCGGGCCUCUGUGCUUUGGGGUGCCCCCCGCCCCACCCCAGGCGCGGGACUGAGACCGCGGAGUGCGCAAGCGCACCGAGGCUCUCCGCCACCUAGUGACCGCAGCGGCCCGCAGAGUGGUGGAAGCAGCGACAACGUCGCGGCGCUGUUGGACCCUGGUCGCAUCCGAGCAGAGCCCGCCCAACGGCGGCGGGUCCAGUCAUCCCGGUUGGCCCGACUGUGGUACAGACCUCCAUGAGCCGGUCCCAGGUUGCCCUGCUGGGCCUGGGCCUGGGCCUGCUGUUCAUGCUGCUGCUAUAUGUGGGGCUGCCAGGACCCCCUGAGCAGACCUCCUGGCUCUGGGGAGACUCCAAUGUCACGAUCCUGGCUGGUCUCACCCGUGGCAGCUCCCCCAUUUUUUACCGUGAGGUGCUCCCAUCCCACCGGGCCCACAGGGUGGAUGUGGUGCUGCUCCAUGGAAAGGCCUUUAGCUCCCGGACGUGGGAGCAGCUGGGCACACUGCAGCUGCUGGCGCAGAGGGGCUACCGGGCCGUGGCCCUUGACCUUCCAGGUUUUGGGAACUCGGCACCUUCAAAGGAGGCAAGCACAGAGGCAGGGCGGGCAGAGCUGUUGGAGCGAGUGCUGCAGGACCUAAAUGUGCAGAACGCCGUGUUGGUGAGCCCUUCACUGAGUGGCCGCUAUGCCCUGCCCUUCCUGAUGCGAGGCCACCACCAGCUGCGUGGAUUCGUGCCCAUUGCACCUGCCUCCACCCAGAACUACACCCAGGAACAAUUCCAGGCUGUGAAGACCCCGACUCUCAUCCUGUAUGGGGAGCUGGACCGCACCCUGGCUCGGGAGUCACUGCGGCAGCUCCGCCAUCUGCCCAACCACUCCACGGUGAAAUUGCGCAAUGCAGGCCACGCCUGCUACCUCCACAAGCCACAAGACUUCCACCUCGAACUCCUUGCUUUCCUUGACCAGCUACUGUGAGCUCACCCACUGUCCAGGCCCCAGGCCUGGCUUGAACUUGGAGGGUCUGGACCAGUCCCCACCAGGGCAGCAGGCCCUGUGAUUAGAGGGCAGAGGCCAGAGGGCUAGACCCAGUCGGGACCUUUCAUUUAUCUCAGAGGCACAAUUAAAAAAAAAAAAAAGCAUUUUUGUCAUACCUGGGGAGUGACAGGUCCUGUUUGCUGGCAUUGCUGCAGGUGGGGUGAGAGUUGGAGCCAAGUGUGGGACUGCUCGGGACUGAGAGCUGGAGGGACUGCUCCAGCAGCCUGAGAAGGCUAAGACCAUAGGCUACUUACUAGAUGGCUGCUGAGUGGCUAGUCUGUGACUCAGUUUCCUCAUCAGUAAAAUGGGUGUGAUGUAACACCUAGUUUAGAAACUGGUUUUAGGAUUGAAGGAGUCUGGGUAAGCAGAGCACUUGGCCACACGGGGCUGGCAGAUGGGACUGUCAUUGAGAGGGGUCAUUACUCCUGCUAAAUGAUCACUGGGAUUGAUGGGAAAUCCAGGGUCUGGUGGCUGAGAUGAGUGAAUCAGGAUAUAGGUUCCAUGGCCAAAAGGGGCAGGAUGUGUAGAGGAGGGGAUGGGGAAUGUGGUUUAUCUUGUAACAUAGUGUUGGGGAGGGGGAAAUUUCCCUCUCUCCCCAUCUUGAAUUCUUGGUUAGACUAACAAUAAAACUGACACAAAACAGAUUAACAGGAGAAAAAGAAAUUUUAGUUGUGUGCAAGGAGGUCUCAUAGAAAUGAGACUUAAGAAGUGACCAAAGCAGGCAGCUUUUAUACUUUUUAGACAAUAAAUUUGUGAGGACUUGACAGGACAAAAACAUAUUUUGGAUGCUCAAUUAGUAAAUACUCUAUUAAUAAACAGAGUUUGGGCUUGGGGGUAGUAAAUUAAAAGAAGUAACAAAGUUGGUUUAUAGGGGCUUCUUGGCCAGCAUUCCCUGUCUCUGGAGAUAAGGGUGUCCUAUCUCCAGAUCCAAGGAAUGUACCUUUCACAGAGAUUUCUUUCCUGCUUUCAGGGAGACAGAAAGGAGGGUCAGAAUGUCCCUCCUGCAUUGGACAUUUCUUAAGUGACUUUAAUUCAAAAUAAUCAACAUGCCAGCAAUAGCAUUGCUGGUGAACCAGCAAGCCUGCUUGUGUCUGGGAAUAUGUGGGUCAGCAGCUGAAUUUAAACCCCAGGAGGGUUGGAUGGACCUUACCCUACCUUCCUAGCCUGCCUCCCCUGUGCCCAGAGGUUGAAGUCUUCAACCCCACCCCUCCCCAAGCUGAGUCACCCUCCGGAACUGGCUGAGUACAGAGGACAGCUGGACACACAAAUGGGCAGCUACAACUGUGUGCAGCCUGUGGGUGGCCAGUGGGACACCUGUGCCUCUUUUAUCGUCCUUCUUCGGUGGCUGCAGAAGAGCCAAGGAACCUGGCAACAGGAUCAGCAAAGAACGUGCCACACGUAUGCAUCUGUGCAGUUUCCUACCUCUCCUUCUGUCUACAGCGUCACGAUUACAUCCUCUCAGCGUGCCAUCCUCUGUCACAUCCACCAUCUCACACUCACAUGGUCAUACACAGUCACCCACUGACACACAGCUUUGCCCACACAGCGGCGCGAUCACACAGGCACUCAUCCGUUCACUUAUCCUCCGUGCCUGGCACGCCGUCCGUCUGCUCUAUGCCCUGCCAGGAACAGGAUCCUGAGGAUACCUGGACCAGCCUCCUGGCACUCACAGAUUGUUGUUAACCAGUAUACCUCUCCACACAGGGAGCGCUGAGGCCGUCCCUAAGGAGUUGAAGCGUGAAGAGGGGAGAAGUAGAGACUCGCGGGAGGGGGUGGCGGAGCAGGUGGGGACCAGCUCCAGCAGGACUUAGCGGGACUGAACCCUGAGAGCGAGGGGGCGCCCAGGCGGGCAGCUGCGACGUUU